AUGCCAGCGACCCGCGCGAGCGGCUCCCGAGCGCCAUGUUUCCCCUGUGUCCUUGCCGCUGUUGCCCUUUGUCACCUUUGCCAUUGCACCAUGAACUUCGUCGCUGGCGUUGAAGGUGCAGCCAGCAGAGGUGCGGGAACUGCCAGGUGCGCCACGGCUCUUGCAACCGAGCGCCUCCAUGACCCGACUGCACGGGAUGAAUUCUAUGGCCAGCCCCUAAACGUUGCGAAGUACCUGGUCGAUCUUCAUGACGCCAAGGCGCCCUUCGACUUUUGCGGUGGCAUGAUGUUCCAACUGGUGUUGUCAGACAAGCUCCGAGAUCACCUAGAACAGGUGGCGAACGGCGACGGUCAGCAGCCGGUCGUCUUUGACUCCUUCAAGCCGAGAAUGUUCAUGACCCCAAGCUAUAACAAGGAUGCGACGGCCGACAACAUCAAUAUCUUCCACGGAAGAGAGAUCCGACAAGUGCCGCAUGCGACUGGCGGCAUGGGCUUCGUCCUGCAUUUGAGUAUGGCCGAGGGGGAUCCGGAAGGCUGGACGCCGGAGGAGGUCAAGGACUAUGAUGGCUGGGGUCACGACAGUGGCCGCAACUGGAGGAAUGCCGCGAGAUGGGAGCAGGAAGGCUUCCGAGACGUCCGAAGCAAGUUCGGCGAGGAAGCAUUUGGUCUCCACCAUCGGUUUUACUUGCAUUUUGACUUCAUGAACCGCCUGUGGUUGUCCGCUGAGGAUGGUUGUGAAGGGCAUCCGGCCCGCGUGCCCCGCAUACCUUGA